AUGUCUACAAUUGCAGAGUGGGCGCAUGCCCUAAUGAGCCCAUCACCUGUCGCGCUCAUCGUCGGUAUCCUCCUGGUCCUCAGCAUACCACUCUUCCUACAUUCAUUCGUCUUUCGAGCAAGCGGCCUGACAACUCUCCCCUCAAUACUGCUCAUCGGCCCCAGUGGUUCUGGGAAGACCUCUCUCCUAACUCUUUUCGAGCGCGGCACAUCUGCCGCUCAAACACACACUUCUCAAGCCCCCAUCUCCGCCGAAUGCCACCUCCCAGUCGGCACCCUCGCCUCCUCCGACAGAUACCGCUCCGUCAACGACCCUACAAACCUCAGGCACAAGAAGUUCCUUCUCGUCGACACUCCAGGCCACGGGAAGCUGCGACACCAUGCCCUCGCCAGCAUCACCAACCCCCAGAACCUAAAGGGCAUAAUAUUCGUCGUAGACGCCGCUACGCUUUCCGCUGGAGAUGAGGGGCUAAGACAUACAGCCGACUAUCUACACGACAUUCUCCUUGUACUGCAAAAGAGGACCGAGAGCAAAAACAAAGCUGUGAAAGCGCUGAAAGAGAUUCCCAUCUUGAUAGCGGCGAAUAAGGGGGAUUUGUUUACGGCACUCCCUGCUUCGCUUGUGAAAAGCAGUUUGGAGAUGGAGAUAUCUAAGGUUAGGAGUUCGAGGAGUAAGGGCUUGCUGGAUUCGGGGAUUGGGAUGGAGGAUGAGGGGGAUAGGGAUGAGUGGCUGGGAGAGGUGGGGAGUACGGAGUUUAGGUUCAAGCAGAUGGAGGAGUUUGAUGUUGUGGUUGAGGUUUCUGGGGGUAAUGUUGCGGGGGGGUGA